AUGGAGGAAACCGAAAUGGAUGAUCUGCUGGUGAAUGUAGUGCGCCAGAACUCCCUGCGCUCGGGCGGGAGCUUCAAGUCUUCCAUGUCCGGCAGAUCCACCCCCAGAGGUUCUCCUUCCUUCCGGAGGGGCUACUCCGGCAGAGCUUCCCGCAGAGACUCCAAGGCCGUACCAGGCAGGCUCCAGUGGAUCCGCGGCAACCGUGUUGUCUUCUGGCUGAUCCUGAUUACUCUAUGGACAUAUAUCGGUUUCGCCGUCCAGUCUAAAUGGGCUCACGACGCCCAUGGAAAGGACUUCGUGGACAGGAGCAGCCCUAGCAGAUUAGAGCGCAUACUGGCAGACGAUGAGAUCACUUCUGGUCCGGAGAAGAUCCUGCUGGAGAAGAUCGGCGUGUCCGGACCGAAGAAGUCCAGUGCCGGCUCACACAGGAGAAAGAGGAACGCAUCGUCCCGUGGAAACCCAAACAAUCGGAAGCGUGCUCGUUCUACCGCCGAACGCAGGUUGGAGAGCAAGAUACGUGCAAAUAUCAAGGCUGAGAUCCCUGCAGAGGACAGCAUACCGAGAAGGAACACUACGUAUGGAAUGCUUCUUGGGCCCUUUGCCAAGACGGAGGAUAGUAUUCUGGAGUGGAGUGCGGAGAAAAGAAGGGGCACCUGUGACAGAAAAAGCAGAUUCGCUCACCUCGUCUGGUCCAGGUCUUUUAUCCUGAUAUUUCACGAGCUGUCAAUGACUGGGGCUCCCCUUACAAUGAUGGAGCUGGCGACCGAGCUUUUGAGCUGUGGUGCUACCGUAUCAGUGGUUGCGGUGAGCAGGCAAGGUGGGCUGAUGCCCGAGCUGAACAGGAGAGGCAUCAAGGUGCUCAAGGACAAGGGAGAACCAAGCUUCAAGACUGCCAUGAAAAAGGAUCUCAUCAUCGCAGGAUCGGCUGUCUGUUCUUCAUGGAUAGGUGUGUAAAGAUGCUCCGGAAGCCUUUAGAGACUUGGAUUUUCUUAACAUUCCUCUAAAAACAUGCAAAUCCUCAUCUUUCUUGAAAUGUCUUCUCAACAAUAAGAAAUAACCUAGAUGUAUUUUGACAUCGACCUCUGGAAAUAAUUGUGUUUCAUGCGAGUCAUUCAACAUAUUUUUUCUUCGGGCAAAACGUCUAUAAAUUGAUAGUUAAAUCUACUAAAUAAUGUAAAAAAAAAAAAAGAGGCAAGAUUUGACCUUUCUUUUUUGGUAAUCUCAAACUCUUUUCUUCCGAUGAUCUACAUUCUUAUUUUCACUUUCUCAGGUUUUGUGUUAGAUUAUCAAACAAUUUUUUGCUAGAGGCUAGCAUAUGUUCCCCCCCCCCCCUGCUAUACUAUACAGCUUACAUUUAUUCUUAUUAAGGAAUAUUCUUAGAUGACAGUUCAUAUGUGACGCCUAGUUUCAGAUAUUCUUGUCAUCUCCAGAAUAUUCAGUGAUUGAGCAUGUACCUUUUUUGUCGAUUACCCUCUGCCGUGGGGCACUGAUUGCUCCCAACAGAUUUCACUGCAGAUUAUCAUCUGAUACAGAUUACCAUGAUUUUUUUCUUUCUCUCUCUCUAUCUUCUGUAUCUGAUUUAUCCACAUAUACUUGUGGCACCUGAUGGUUUUCACCUUGUCUGGAUUUGUGUAUUACAUUGUUUGCUCUGGUGUGACUCUGCGACCUGGAAGAAGUUAGCAGAGUAUGUUUGAUGGGUCCGCUGUUGUUCGGGGUACAAUCUGUAAGAGUUCUGCACGUCAGUAUGAAGAUUAGGGUAUUAAAAAAAAAAAAAAAGAAGCUAAAGUGACACGAUCUAUGAACAUAGCCCACAUGGAUUUACUGUUUUGCUCAUGUCAGAAUGAUGAAACAUAUUUUUCUAUCCGAUUUUUUGAUGAAAUUGAUUGAAGUAGAGUACUUGUAUUAAAUACAUGUUAGGCUCAUACCUGUCAGCUCUUGUUUUCAGAUCAGUACCUCAAAUACUACGGCCCUGGUUCAAGUCAGAUUGUCUGGUGGAUCAUGGAGAACCGCAGGGAAUACUUUGACAGAUCAAAGACCCUGCUUGACCAGGUGAAGACGCUGAUCUUCCUGUCAGAAUCACAGUCUAAACAAUGGCUGACGUGGUGCGAGGAAGAACGCAUUCAUCUGAGAUCAGAGCCUGGUGUGGUUCCUCUCUCUGUCAGCGACGAGCUCGCCUUCGUGGCCGGCAUUCCCUCCUCUUUAAACACCCCAUCAUUCAACGUGGAGAGUAUGGAAGAGAAGAGGCAUCUCCUGAGAGAAGCAGUUCGGAAGGAGAUGGGUCUAGGUGAUAGCGACAUGCUGGUCAUGACCCUCAGCAGCAUCAACCCCGCGAAGGGCCAGCUGCUGCUACUGGAAUCCAUACUUUUAAUGGAGGAGCACAAUGUGGCGCCUUUAGACAUCAGAAUCAACAGCUUGUUUGAAGGGAAGAACCUCACUGCCGUCAUUCUUGAAACCCAUCUGAACCAGACCCAGCUAGCGGAUGGUGCCAACAGAAAUGUCACUUCUACCCCAAAGCCGCAGAAAAGAAAGAGGAGGCGCUCGAGGUCAAGAAAGAUAGGGAGAGGCUUGCUGUCGGACGGUGGGACUGCUCAAGAACCUGCUCUCAAAGUCCUGAUUGGCUCCAUUGGAUCAAAGAGCAACAAAACACCAUACAUCAAAGGAAUUCUGAGCUUUCUCUCCCAACACAAAAACCUGUCAGAAUCAGUCUUGUGGACCCCGGCAACCACCCGCGUCUCCUCUCUCUACUCUGCAGCAGAUGUUUACGUGAUAAAUGCCCAGGUCAGUGCUGAUAUCUUCAUCCAAUUUGACCAAUUUGACCAUUCUGCAGUUCAUACAUACCAUGGUGCAUGAGAAUCGUCGUUGGAUGGGCUUUUAAUUUUUUCUUAAAAAAAAUUCUACAGAAAGUAAAUGAGAAUCAUGACAAGAAAGCGUUCCUUUGGUUGCCAGAGCCAUGCUCAUGAACUCCCAGUAGAUUGGGUUUGGAGAGAAUAUGCUUGCAUUCACAUAACAUAUUUCUUGAAAUAAUCUAGCAAAUACUUUUGUCUACGGGAAUUACAACCUUUCGACGUGUUAACUAAAUGCGGAUGAAUACAUCCUCAACUUUUUCUGUCCGCUACGGGAAUCACAAGAACUGUCCGCUGCAAUGCUCAUGAAAGCCAUCAGUUCCUUGGAAAUUCAGUGAAGAUUGUUAACUCGUACUCGGAUAUGGAACUUGCUCCUACCCCCUGCCAUUGCCACAGACCUGGGGCUACUCCCAAUUUUAGUUUCAGUUUUAGAAGAGACCUGGGGUUUCAGCAUUAUUUCUCAAAGCUCGUGAUCUGGACCAGUUAUCUCCGCCUUAUUAUGCUUCUGUCUGAUUCUCAGGGACUCGGGGAAACAUUUGGACGAGUGACCAUUGAAGCCAUGGCGUUUGGUCUGCCGGUAGGCUCUCCCUACCCCUCUUUGUUGCCAUCACAAAGAGAGAGAGAGAGAGAGAGAGAGGGAGAGAGGGAGAGAGAUUCUGACAUCGGCUUCCAUGGGACAGGUGCUCGGAACAGACGCAGGGGGAACGAAGGAGAUCGUCGAGGACAAAGUAACGGGGUUGCUGCACCCCGUGGGACGCGAAGGCGAGAAGGCCCUCGCCGAGAACCUCCACUUCCUCCUGAGAAACGCCACCGCCAGGAAGCAGCUCGGCCAGAACGGCAGGUUCAGGGUGGCUCAGACGUACCUGAAGCGCCAUUUGUACUCCAAGCUCGCCGCCAUCCUCAGCAAGUGCAUGAAGCCCAAGUAA